UAGAGGAACUAUAUAAUAUAUACACUGUUGUUUUGUAAACAAUCAAAUAUCAAGUGAAAAAGAUUUAAUUGAAACGUUUAGUAGCGUGAAAGAAUGUCGGAUAGUAAUGUAUUCGUCCUGGAUAAUGGGGCAUUUUACGCAAAAGUUGGAAUGUCCGAUUGGAAUAAACCAAAAGUGGUUCCCAAUUGCAUAACCAAAGCCAAGUCCGAAAGGAGACGUCCUUUCGUAGGAAGCCAGAUUGACGAGUGUCGAGAUGUUUCUGGGCUCUUCUACAUACUUUGUUUUCAGCGAGGUUACCUAGUAAACUGGGAUAUUCAGAAAACGGUGUGGGAUUACAUUUUCAGUCAAGAAUGUUGCCCGGUAAAUUUUUCUGAAACUCCACUACUAAUUACGGAACCGUUGUUUAACUUCCAGUCCAUCCAGGAAGCGAUGCUGGAAAUUUUAUAUGAAGAGUACGACUGCGACGCUGUAUGCAAGACCACAGCGGUUGACUUGGCUGCAUUUAACUACACGCAUGGUGAACAAAAGAAGAAACCAUUGUGUUGUGUAGUGGUAGAUAUUGGAUACAGUUUCACGCAUAUUGUCCCUUUUAUUAAAGGGUCUAAGGUUAAAGAAGCUAUCAAAAGAAUUGACGUGGGUGGAAAGCUACUCACAAACCAUUUGAAAGAAAUUAUUUCCUAUCGCCAACUGAACGUUAUGGAUGAAUCAUUUGUGAUAAACCAGGUUAAAGAAGACAGUUGUUUUGUUUCACAAGAUUUUAAUGAGGAUAUGCGAAUUGCUCGAAAACGUUACCCUGAAAAUGGAAUUAUCAGGGAAUAUGUUUUGCCAGAUUACACCCAGAUUCGUCGAGGGUAUCUUAAAACGCUGGAUCCGAGUAACGACCACAAUGAAGAAUUUCAAACUCUACGAAUGAAUAACGAACGUUUUGUUAUACCUGAAGUAUUAUUUCAUCCAUCUGAUAUCGGAAUUCAGCAGAUGGGGAUCGCGGAAGCAAUUGUACUUGCUAUUAACGCUUGCCCGGGUGAAACGAAGCCUCAUCUAUUCAAUAAUAUUGUUGUGUGCGGAGGGAGUGCAUUGUUUAGCGGAAUGCAGUCUCGAAUACAGAAAGAUGUUCGAGCGUUGGCACCUGAUGAGUUUAGCGUUCAUGUUACUGUUCCAAAAGACUCGAUUUCUUAUGCUUGGUUGGGAGGACGAAAUUAUUCGCAGUCUCUUAGUUUCCUGAAAUCCUGUAUGAGUCGAAGUCAGUACGAGGAACACGGAAUCAAACACCUAGUAGAAAAGUACGAAAACUGAAACCGUUUCA